AUGAAUACAAUAGAUGAGAAUUUAAUAUUAUUUAUUGAUUCAUGUUUUGAAGAAGAACUUUAUUACUCAGGUCUUGAAAUUCUUGAUGUUGUUUUGAUGCCAAAAAAAAAUGAAAAUUUAGAGUUUAUUCCUUUUUUACCUGAAAAAUAUUUGCGCGUUCUAAUGAAUCUUAUUAUACAAAAAAGUCACGAAAAUUAUCAUAUUUCUCAAAAAGCAGCACAGCUUGUACAUAGAAUAAUUUAUUCAAAAAAAUUAUACAGGAAUGAAUUGAAUACUCAAUGGUUUUGGAUGUUUUCUCAUAAUAAGCGUUCUCAAAGAUCUAAAAGACAAGAUAAUGAUAUAAAUACUGACUAUUUAGAUAUGCAAGAUAAUAUGCAAUUGAAUCUUACAAAGUCUAUUUUUUCUAAAUUUUCAAACAUCUGGGAACUUGUUCAGCAAUGUUUUAAUGAAUCAUCCCCAUAUUUAUAUGUAUUUUUGGACUGUAUCAUAACUAUCCUAGAAAUGGAUUGGAAAGAGUAUUCCGAACAAGAAUUUGAGAAAGAAUUAGAAAAAACAUUGCUUAUGAAUUCUUUUAAAAAUGAUAAUAAAGAAAAACCAGACAUUAAGCAAAUCUUAACAGCUAUAUUUAAUAAUAUAGAAUCAGAAGAAUAUAAAUGUCCAUUAUCUUCUAAUAUAGUAGAAUUACCAGAUGAAAAAAAAACAAGUUCAGUAAAAUCUAUAGAAAGUAUGAUGCUAAGAAAACGAUUUUUGUAUUUGAUAUAUGAUGCAGUAUGUAGUUUACCAACGUAUUUUAAUCAAUUUAAUUUUGAAAACGAAUUGUCUAUUUAUUUAAAAAAUUUGGAGAUAGAUAAGUUUAUUUUUUAUUUUUCAAAUGCAAUUCCUCCAUCUUUAAAAAUAAAUUUAUGUCAUUUACUACUUGUAAAGUAUUCUAUUCAUUCGAAAUUAAGUAAACAUUUUUCGGAAUUAUCUAUAGACAUGUUAAGAUUGUGGCCAACAAUUGCUUCUCAAGCAAAGUUAAGGUUACCAGAAAAAGCAAAGUAUAGUUUCUUACUUCAAUUGAUGUUAAAACAUGUUUAUAAAAAUCAUGUAUCAAAAAAACCUACUCAAGAGGAGAAACAAGCUAUAGAAAUUGCGAAAAACAAUAGGGUUUCACUAUUCAAUGAGGAAAUUAAAAAAAUAAGGGAAAAAAAUAAAAUAACAGAUAAUGUCUUACAUAUACAAAAUAUUUUUGAACAUAGUGAAUACGUUAUAAGCCUUAUUUUAAAAAAGAAACUACAGAAUUAA